UCGGUCCCUAAGCGGUAAGCGGUGGUCUGCGGGGCUGUGGACCUGAAAUGGCCGUCUUCCGACUGCUUAUAGCGUAUACAGUAAAACAAGGCUGCGGCAUCUGGAGGGUGUGUGCUUAUUUCACCGCAAUUCGCGACUCCUGAAACUUACGAUUGCUUCAUUGGCUAAACAGCUGAUCUGCGCGUUACAAUAGGGAAGAAUUUCUGGGGUGGGAAAGAUUUCUUAUGACUUGGCAUUUUUGUUUCAGCACCAGACAUAAACUGGAAAUGAAUGUAUUAUCAGAAAAACGACGAUGAAGGGCGAAAGUUUCAGACUCCUUUUCAUCUUCAUCGUCAUUGGCUGUGAUGGUUUCCUGCUACACGGCUCUGCUGGUCCUCUAACAGCCCGGCUGGGAGGAGCUGUACUGCUGCCCUGCUUUGUGGACAGACCCCUGCCUUUGGAGGAGCUGGAGGUGGACUGGAGAAGGACUGAUUCAGACACCAUCGUGCACCUAUUCCAGGAUGGUCAGACCAGACCUGAAUCACAGGGGGACGCCUACAGGGGCAGAGCCCACUUCUUCCCUCAGGAAAUCCCCAAAGGCAACUUCUCUCUGCUGCUUGAGGGUGUGAGGACUGCAGAUACAGGAGUGUACAAGUGUGUGGUUUAUACAGAGCAGGAGAACCAUGAAACACGGGUGGAGAUACAGGAAGUAGAGCGACUGGUGGUGACGGGUGCAGAUGAGCCUGUCUAUGCACAUGCUGGAGAGGAUGUGACUCUCAGCUGCUCUGUGGACACACAUGUUAAUGUGACAGAGCUUCAGGUGAAAUGGAGAAAGACAGACGAUGACGGUGACAUCUUGGUGCUUCUGUAUGCUGAUGGAGAGAACAGACCAGAGUCACAGGAUGGGAGAUACUCUGGAAGAGCUGAAUUCUUCACUGAGGAAAUUCCCAAAGGAAACUUCUCAAUGAAACUGAUGAAAGUCAGGAUGGAAGACAAAGGAGAGUUCAGGUGUGAAGUCCACUCAGAUACUGAUUCUGCCAAUACAACUGCCAGGAUAGCAGCACUGGGUUAUUCAUCCCUGCAUUGGCUGAUUCUGUGGCUGUGCAUCGCUGUCACACCUGUAGUCCUACUUACUGGUGCUUUAUCUGUCAGGUAUUUAAGAAGGGAAGAUAAAAGCAGACAGGCUCUGCUGAGUCACUGUUCACAUGUCACAGUUCCGCCAGUCAUUGUGUCCGCAGCGUUCAUCCUGUGGGGUGUAAAUGAAGGAUCCACAGGAGAGGCUGUUACUUGUCCUGCCAUCAGUCUGCUGAACAUCCCACUGCUGUUUAUUAUGGCUCCAUAUGUGGACUCAAGAGAAAUGGGUGAGAUUAAAUACGUAGCCCUGUCUUUCGGAAGCACCAUCAUCAUCACAGCUGUAUGUGUAGGUUCUCUCAUCGAGUUUUCAGCAAAAUAUUCUCCAACUCCAGAUGAAAAAGCAACAUUUGGAAAAAUUUUUGGUGGAAUCAUAUUUAUGUUCAUCUUUUUACUUGUACUCCGAAUUCUUCGCUUUGUGCUUUGGAUAAAAGAUUCCUCAAUUAAAAUACGUGUCUAUGUAGCAAGAAUAACUGGAAUUAUAUUCCUGGUCAUCAUGGCUUCAUCCAUAAUUGCUGUAAGUGCUUUCCUUAUACAAUAUCACUCAGAUGCAGCUUGGAAAGAACAAUUUGGAACGUUUGUAACUAUGUUAGUGGUUCCAGUCCUCAUGGUUUUAUUGCCACUUGGAUUUGGUAUCUUUUGGAUGAUACACUCUCGAAGCACAACUGGGAAAGUAGAUCUUAGAGACAUUCUUCUGAUCGGGGUACUUUUCAUGUAUCAUCCCUUAUUCUUCAACAUGCUGUUUCUUACUAUUUAUUCUCAACUCUGUGCCUGGAUGCAAAACACGUUCAUAUUAGAUAUUUCAAUUCCAAUCGCAGUAGCUGCUUUGGGAUUAAGUGCCUGCAUAUAUAUUCAGGAAUUUUUGUGUGCAUAUGACGUACCCUUGAAGGGAUUUUACUAUUUUGCUCUGAAAAUCCUUUUAUGGAUUUGCUUCAUGCUUCACUUAAUAUUAAGUUUACUGUUUCUAAGUUUGAUUCAAGAAAAUGACAAAGGAACAGCUGUAACGAUAUGCGAGUAUGUGUUUAUCUACAUGCUGACUGCCAUAUCAUGUUUGCGAGACUGGCAUCGGGGCGAAAUACUUGCCAAACCCCAUAAAUAUCUAUAUCUCUCUGGGGUUUUUGCUCUCCCUCUCCUGAAUUCUGUUGCCCUGGCUGUAGCAUUAAAAUUCAAAACAGACACAGGAAAACAGCCACUUGAUCUACGGCUGAUUGUCCUGAUGUCCGGAUCUCUCUUUCUCUUUGUCUGGCUUGUUAUACAGAUCUCUGCAUACUGUUUGGCCAAAAAAGAGAAAAUAAUGGAAGAGUUGCACUUAGUUGAGAGACACCAAGAUCCUGAGCCAGACCAGCCCAAGCUGCUGGAGCUCCUGUGGCAUGCUUGCGAGUGCCAGGACUAUAAGCAGGCCAACAAGGAGGUGUGGUGGUGUUCCCUGCCCCAAUGCCGCAGCAUGAGGAAGGUCCUGGACCACAUGGCCCAAUGCCAGGCCGGCACGUCCUGCCAGGUGAAGCACUGCACUUCAUACUGUCAGAUCAUCUCACACUGGUUGAGCUGCACACAACCUGAAUGUCCUAAUUGCCUGCCACUGAAGAAGGAGGAUUACAGGCAGAACUGUAAUUUUGUGACUUUUCUCCCCCCUUCUGUGGCGGCUGGUCUACUCAACCCCCCGGAGGAAUCUGAGGUGUGUGAUUUUGAGGUGUGUGUGAUUAAAGUUUUAAGUCCAUGAAUAUUGAUCACUGGGAAUUCGACACUCGGACCAAUGAUUGGGGACAUCUGACCCGGGGGCUGGUAGAGGGAGUCUGCAGCAGACCAUUGGAUCUACAUCAAAGGAAGGUGCCAAAUGGCUUAUUUAUGACUCCUCAGGAAUGCAAAGGAAGGGGGAGUAUCUGAAUUAGUUUAAACAAAGAAAGUGCUCUCCUAUAACAGGUCUUACAGUAUAAGAGGCAAAGUGAUUUUGCUUAAUUUGAAUUGCUUUGAAUUUGAAAUUAAUUACAAUCUUCUUGCUGUCCUUCCAAUUUAACAUCUUACAAGGUGUGAUCAAUUCAAUUCAAAUUCUAAUUCAUGAAUGGAAAGAGGCACUAUUAAUAAAUUAUGAACUCGCUAGUAGGCUACAUAAUGAGCUAACCAAUCAAGCUUGCUAUGUCAUCAGUCACCUCCUUUGAAUUGAGAAGGUGAAUUACCCCUCACAACCAGCAAUGGCAGAGAAUUGUGCUACUAUAAUAUAAUGUAAUCAGUUUCAGGUUGGGUUCAGAUAGGGAUUGCAUACUGUUGUGAAUAGGAAAAGGUAAUUUAUAUAUGAGGUAUAUAUUGCAAGUUCUAUGCCAGAGGACUGUAAAUUCUGGGAUUUUAAAAGAUAAAGUACCCAAACCCUCUCAUAAUGAUCUCAAGUUUUCACUGUAAUAUGAAAAGUACAGCGCCCUCCAGCACCCCUUGUAUAUGGGGUGCCGUUUGUAAAGAUAGCAAACAUUUUUGUACUUGCCACUUUUUCAACAUUUAGUGCAAUUUUCUGACAUUUAGCUAGAAGUCAAUGGUGUUGUGGAUCAUCAGGUUUUUUUGCUGUGUAAAUUAUGUUCAAAAUUGUUCAUCAUAUGUAAAUAUAAAUGGCUU